AUGAAUGAUUUUCUAAAAAAUAACAAGUCUUCUAAUAUAUAUUGGCUUAAGUAUCCUUUACAGCAUUUGAAUCUAACGUUAAAACUCAAGGCACAGGAGACUAUCACAUUACUUCCGAAAUUUGGAGAACAUUUAAAGCAAUCUGAGGAAGAUGCACAAAAUGUAUUACAAUACCAGGAGUAUAAUUUUCAGUGGCAGGAAAAAUUAUUUAGCCAGUAUCAGUUUACAAAAUUUGGUGAUAUUCAGAACUGUGUCUCUGAACUGGACUUGGCGUUUAAUAGAUCUAUUCAUCAAUUCAAUAAAAAGCCCCAAAAAGUUUUUACUUAUAUAAAUGAAGAAUAUGCUUUUCCAUUGCCUUUUGAAUCAAAAGGUUAUGGCAAUGAAUUUUUUAGUUCUUGUUUUAAAACUUUGAACUUAGAAGAUUUUUUGAAAGAUCUUGGAAAAGGAGAAUCAAUGCGUAAUUUGUUCAAAAGUGAUGAUGAUGUAGCCCGUGAGGAUGAAUGGAGAGCAAUGUAUAUUUUGUAUGACAAUUCAAAAUAUGACGAAGAUAACAACUUAAUAUUUCAAGAUGAGUGCCUUCUUGUAUCAAUAUACCACAAUACCAAGUAUAAUUACAUAAUGAUAUCUCCAGAUAUUAAUAAUGAAUCUAAUCCAUAUGCUGUAGAAAGCUCCUCUGGAUAUUUGGAUUUUGAGUAUUUUAUAAAUGUAGACUUCGGCAAGACUGGUUGUGGAGAGGAGUUCCAAGUUUUGCUUAAUAAAUUGCUAAAGAAGUUGGAGAAGAAACAAAAACAUUUGACAAAAUUUGUUAUGCCUCCCCUUGGAACAAGGAAAUAUUACAUAUCAUUAGAAAUAGAAUCUGCUAAGGAUUUUGAUGGUGAUAUUUAUAUAGAAUAUCAUGUGAAGAUUCCAGAAAACAUUGAGUCUGUAAGUUUACUCACAGGAAGGACACAUUUGAACAAAUUUCUAAUAAAUGAGGGCAUACGCAUGUGGACUUUUGGGCAUAUUGUGGAUUUUGAAGUUGAUCUUACUACUGGAAUAGAUCCCUUGCCACUUAAGAUAUUCUUUGAAGUUAUAUCAGUUGACAGAUGGGGGCGACACAGGACUGAGGGUUAUACCUAUUUUCCACUGGCAUUAAUACCAGGGUAUUUCAAAAAACAGCUGUCCUGUACUAGGCCAGAGGAAUUGAACGAGAUAGAUGCUGAAAGCCGACGUUUUUUUGUUGGGGGCUGUCAUUUGAUUGAAGAUUUGGAAAUGCUUGUCAAACCUCAGCUUUAUGCGACAAACUUCAGAUUCGUAUCCACAGGUAGUAUAGCAGUUCACUGGACGGGAGCUGACGCGGUUUUAAAGCAAUAUAAGCGGGCGAAAGCAACGCUGGCUGCCGCUACUAGAAGUUUAAGACAAGCUGUGGAUUCAGAAUGA